CGGUGUGUGGCUAUGAAUGAAGGGGAGGGGUUGAUAACGGUCACUGGCUCAAGCCUUUGGUGAAAUUGUGAGCUAUAUCAUUGUUUUAUUGAGGACCUCGGAUUUGUUGAUGAUAAGAUGAAUUGUUUGGACGUAUCAUCUGAACUCAUGCAUGUCCACUACAAUUCUGAUCAUCUGGAUAAAUGUGUUGGAGCAAGCCUCGUAGCCAAAGAUGGCAAAAUAUCAACGCCUUUCGUGGAUGGUGUUGAUAAUGCUGCUGAGAUAUCAUUUUCAUCUUGGAUGAAAUUUGCAAUGCUCUUUGGAUUUUCCACUCUUCAAUAUUCACCAUAUGCAAUGGCUAGUUUACAGUUUGCAAGUGGGUUGCAGUCCAUUCCUUAUAUUGGGGAUUUCAGUGAUGUUACCACAGGUUUUACUUCGGCCUUCUUGCUGAUAUUUUUUUCUGAGCUGGGUGAUAAAACCUUUUUUAUCGCGGCACUCCUUGCAGCCCGGAAUUCUGCUGCUAUUGUUUUUGUUGGAACAUUUGGUGCUCUAGCAGCUAUGACUAUCAUAUCUGUCUUUCUUGGCCGCAUCUUCCAUUACAUUGAUGGUAUCCUUCCAUUCAGAUUGGGUGAGACAGAGUUGCCCAUUGAUGACAUUUUGGCAGUUUGCCUCUUGGUCUAUUUUGGGUUUUCCACUCUGCGCGAGGCCAUUUCAAGUGAUAGCAUGAAAACUAAGGAAGAACAAGAAGAGGCAGAGCUAGCAGUUUCAGAAUUCUCAAGAGACGGUGCUGGUAUUGUGGCAGCUGCAAAUACUGCCUUUGGCACAUUCUUUUUAGUUUUUGUUGCAGAAUGGGGUGAUAAAUCAUUUUUCUCCACAAUAGCACUUGCGGCCGCUUCGUCUCCCCUCGGAGUUGUCUUUGGAGCAUUGGCUGGUCAUGCUGCUGCAACUUUGCUUGCUGUUCUGGGGGGUUCUUUGUUGGUGACUUUUUUAUCCGAGCAGGUUGUCAAGCUGCAAAAGAAGCGCAUGGUUGAAAAACUUUCUCAAGCUAUUGAGGACAACCCCAUGCGAUGAGGGUGCGUGAAGAUCUGCUACCACAACAAGGUCUGUAAUUUGCUUUAGUGAAAGGUCAUGACUAUACAAGAAGACCAAGGAUCUCAAGAUGGACUACUGCCACAAUCGGGACGAAAUCUGAGUACCAGAAAUAUAGGCUUUGUAUCUUCCACAAAAGCUGUGAUAGUGAAUCCUUGAUGAAAGGAUCGGUUGCGUAAGAGUUCGCCAAAAUAUGUACAAUGUAAUGUGCAUGAGAGGGUAAGUGAGAUAUGCUUGAGAGAUAUUGUAAGGCCUUCGAAAGCUAAGUGGGAGGUCUUGGCAUUAUGUGCCUAUUUAAAGGCUUUAUGAGAGCAUCUAAAACUAUGACUGUAGUAAUGCGAUAACUCCAGUGGGAGUAUGGUAUGGUGGGACCAAAGGAAUGCAAUUCAGAUAGACCAAAGGAGGCAUUUUGAUGCUGUGACUCACCUGGGCUUUAACGAGCUUGGCCAGGGUUCAUAGCUAAAACCCUGUAGCCCUGGGCAUUUGGCACAAUUGUGGAGCAUUUACAGGGUCCUCCUAUGAUGAGGUUGGAAUGAUGCCUAGGGUGUUGGCCAAGGGACCCUUGUGUGCGGUUGGCUAGCUUGAGGGGUGCCAAAAUCCUCAUCAUUGCCAUCGCAUGGCAUAUACACUAUAUAGUUGUUCGCGAAGCAGCCCAUUGGGGUAUGCCUACAUGUGCGGAAGUGAUGACCUCCAUGCAUCAUUGCGAUUGUGUGUGAAGGUCUGUGUAACCUAUACUUGUACCUUGG